CGAAUAGUCCCGCGGGACUUGCAUAGAAGAUUUCUUCACUGCAGGUUAGAAAAUACAGAAAUAUUUCAAGAUGGCUUCUGCUUCGGUACCAUUACUGAUGGAUGAUGAUACGAUCGGAUUCGGAGAGGAAGACGAUGCCCGAAGUGGAAAACUCAAGCAUCCUUAUGUCACGUUUUUUCACUUGGCGUUCAGAACCACGGCAAUACUAACCUAUGUCUUAUGUGGAUGGUUCUCCAAUAGUUUUAUAGCAAGUUUUGUCGUAGUAACUUUAUUGCUCUCCAUGGACUUCUGGACAGUAAAAAACAUCACUGGGAGAUUGAUGGUGGGACUCAGAUGGUGGAAUUACGUGGACGAUAGUGGCAACAGCCACUGGGUUUUCGAGUCGAGAAAGGGUUCUCAGCAGAAUCGCAUAAAUGCAUCAGAGUCAAGAAUUUUUUGGCUCGCUCUAAUCCUCUGUCCAUUACUCUGGGCUCUGUUCUUUAUUAUAGCACUGUUUGGACUUAAAUUCAAAUGGUUAUUACUCGUCUGCAUUGCUAUUGUACUGAAUGGAGCCAAUCUUUAUGGAUACGUAAAAUGUAAAAUGGGAAAAGAGCAGAGUAUGUCUGCAGCUACCAGUGAUUUUUUGAAGAAACAAGUUAUGCAGAAUGUCAUGGCUUCGAUGAUGACUAAGAGCCCGCCCACAACGACCGCCGGGGGACAACAGCCUAAUAUCAUCUAAUUUAAUUUUAUCAUGAGUCAUUAUUUAAUUUGAAAAUUUUUUGUACAUACUAUUUGUAAGUAUUUGCUUAUUUUCGUCGUGCGAGUAAUGUCAUGUUUUAAAUGAUUUAAUGAGGAAUUAAAUUUUUUUUUUUGGGAGGAUGAGAAGAGGACGUUGACUCCAAAUAAAUCGUGGUAAACGACCAAAAAUUACAUUAUUAAUUUCUAUUCUAUGCCACAAGGCAAUACAUAAUGUACAUGGUAUUUCUCCUUGUCCACUGAAUCAUUCUAUUACACAAUAAUCAUUAUUCUGUUUUUUUCUUCAUUUCUUUGUAAUAAUUAAUUAGUAACAUUAUAUUCCCUAUUUCUUCUGCCUCAGCCUGUUGUAUUCUUUCUGGCAAGAAAGUAUCACAAAAUAAUUUCCCAUUCUCUCAACGUUCUUCAGUAUUUGACAUGAUUCAAUGUUAUUUAUGUUAAAAUUCUUUUCGAGUAAACUUUUGUUUCCGAUUAACGCUAUCACUGUACAUUUCUGAAAUACUGCCUAUUCAAUUUGCGAACAGAAACACAAGAUGGCUUAUGGACAUACAGUGACAUGUCAGAGUACCGAAGGUAAGUAUCGUACUUUUUUU